UUAACUUCUCUUUGCUUUCAUUCUCUCUAUCUAUCAUCAUCAUCCUCGUAAUCCUCAUCUCUCUUUCUAACACCUACUUGCAGUAAAAAAAAAGGCUGCAUCUUUCUUUUCUUUCUUCAUCAAUGGUUUUAUGAGGAAACUGUGAGCUACAGAUAGAGAGAUAGAGAGAGAGAGAUAGAGAGGGAGAGUGUGUGUGUGUGUCUAGAAUAAAAGAGUGGUGGUGGUGGAUUGAAAUCAAGAUUGGUGAAAUCAAGAGAUGGAGCAAGGAGGAGGAGGAGAAGUUGGUGGUGGUGGUGGUGGUAAUGAAGUGGUGGAGGAAGCUUCACCGAUCAGCUCAAGACCUCCGGCGAAUUUGGAAGAGCUGAUGAGAUUCUCAGCGGCGGCGGAUGACGGUGGAGGAUUGGGAGGAGGAGGUGGAGGAAGCUCGUCUUCUUCAUCGGGAAAUAGAUGGCCCAGAGAAGAAACUCUUGCUCUUCUCAGGAUCCGAUCUGAUAUGGAUUCUACUUUCCGUGACGCCACUCUCAAAGCUCCUCUCUGGGAACACGUUUCCAGGAAGCUAAUGGAGCUUGGUUACAAAAGAAGUGCUAAGAAAUGCAAAGAGAAAUUCGAAAACGUUCAGAAAUACUACAAACGCACUAAAGAAACUCGCGGUGGUCGCCAUGAUGGUAAAGCUUACAAGUUCUUCUCUCAGCUCGAAGCUCUCAACACUACUCCUCCUCCUCUUCCUCCUCCUCCUCCUCCUUCUUCUUCCCUCGACGUCGCUCCUCUCUCCGUCGCCAAUCCAAUCCAACCGCAAUCUCAAUUCCCAGUCUUCCCUCUACCGCAAACGCAACCGCAACCGUCUCAACCGCAUCUCACACACACAGUCUCCUUCACCACUCCUCCACCUCCUCUUCCUCCUCCUCCAAUGGGUCCCACUUUUCCCGGUGUUACCUUUUCAUCUCACAGCUCAUCGACGGCGUCAGGAAUGGGGUCUGAUGAUGACGACGAUAUGGACUUGGAUGAAGCGGGUCCAAGCAGCCGCAAACGCAAACGCGGAAACCGCGGUGGUGGUGAAGGCGGCAAGAUGAUGGAACUAUUCGAAGGUUUGGUGAGACAAGUGAUGGAGAAGCAAGCGGCGAUGCAAAGAAGCUUUCUUGACGCGCUUGAGAAGAGAGAACAAGAACGUCUACAACGUGAAGAAGCUUGGAAACGCCAAGAAAUGUCUAGAUUAGCUCGAGAGCACGAGGUCAUGUCUCAAGAACGAGCCGCGUCUGCGUCUCGUGACGCAGCGAUCAUCUCACUAAUCCAGAAAAUCACUGGCCACACCAUUCAGCUACCUCCUUCUUUAUCAUCAUCACAACCGCCUCAACCGCCGCAUCAACCGCCGCCACCCGCAGCUAAACGUGUAGAACCGCCACAAACAACAACAACUCAAUCGCAAUCACAACCAAUAAUGGCGAUUCCACAACAACAGAUUCUUCCUCCUCCUCAUCCUCCUGCUCCUCCUCCUGCUCCUCAUCAACAACAAGAGAUGAUUAUGAGCCCGGAACAAUCAUCACCAUCGUCAUCACGGUGGCCAAAGGCGGAGAUUCUUGCGCUUAUAAACUUGAGAAGCGGAAUGGAACCAAGGUACCAAGAUAAUGUACCCAAAGGACUUUUAUGGGAAGAGAUCUCAGCUUCAAUGAAGAGAAUGGGAUACAACAGAAACGCAAAGAGAUGCAAAGAGAAAUGGGAGAACAUAAACAAAUACUACAAGAAAGUUAAAGAAAGCAACAAGAAACGGCCUCAAGAUGCUAAGACCUGUCCUUACUUUCACCGCCUCGAUCUUCUUUACCGCAACAAAGUACUCGGUAAUGGUAGUGGUUCUAGCACUUCUGGUCUACCUCAAGAACAAACAUCAACAGUACAAAAGCAGAGUCCGGUCUCUAAGCCGCCACAAGAAGGAGUUGUUAACAUUCAUCAACCUCAUGGUUCGGCUUCAAGUGAGGAAGAAGAGCGGAUAGAGGAAAGUCUACAAGGAACAGAAAAGCCAGAAGACAUUGUGAUGAGAGAGCUGAUGCAACAACAACAGCAACAACAAGAAUCAAUGAUAGGUGAGUAUGAAAAGAUUGAAGAGUCUCACAAUUAUAAUAACAUGGAGGAAGAUGAAGAGGAGCUUGAUGAAGAAGAAUUAGACGAGGAUGAGAAGUCCGCCGCUUAUGAGAUUGCGUUUCAGAGCCCUGCAAACAGAGGAGGCAAUGGCCACACAGAGCCACCAUUCUUGACAAUGGUUCAGUAAAUCAAGAAUCACUGUUUUCAAAAUCGUCACCGUCCCAAGAAAAUGUACUUAUGUGUGCAUAGUUUCUAAACAACACACAAACACACACAUUUCUGACACCAAAAAACUGAAAAUCAAGGUCUCAUCAAUCUUGAUAUUUUCAGUGAAAUACAAUUCUUUUUUUUUCUUCCAUUUUUCACAUUCUUUCCCUUUGUUCCUUUCUUUCUCACAGUCUCUUGUUUGUUUCUCUGUUCAUUGUUUUCUUCUUCAACACCAUUGUUCAUCACACAUUCACAUGAACAAAAACUCUUAGCUAAAAGGUCUUUUAGAUUGUUUGGAGUUGUAAUUCAUCAACAAAGUCUCAUACUUUUUUUCUUUUCUUCUUAAAACAUUUGUUGAUUGGUUAAUUGGGGAAUAAAGAGUCUUUUUUCUUUCUU